AUGAAUGAAAAUGAGUCAGCUUAUCCGCCUGCCUUGUGUCAGCUAUUGAUAGACACUCCCGCCGCAGAAUGGCAGGCAGAUGAAGAUGUUGUUUCUUGUACUCAGUGUGGAUCUUCUUUUAACUGGUUCCGACGAAAACACCAUUGUAGAUGGUGUGGAAAGGUAUAUUGUGCCAAUUGCUCAAAUUAUACUUCUGAACUUCCUUCAGUGAGUGUAUCUACCGAUUCAUCAAAUCGACUGAUGCUUUUUGACGAAGAGUUUGAUGGUGUCGAAGACGAUGUUACAAACACUUGUCAAACAGAGCCUAUGUGGUGCACUGUCCGUGUAUGCGAAAACUGCUUUCAUCAAUUGUCAGAGCUGAAAACUCUUGAUAUCCCUUUUCCCAUACCCACCUGUAUGGAUGGUGAAUCUUCUCCUCCUGUUUUAGCUUAUACCCGGUUUCCACCGCCCCGUGCUGAAGGCUAUCCUUCAACAGAUGAUGCUCACAACUCUGACGACAUGGUAGAAUGUCCAGUUUGCUACAUAGCUCUUUCAAAGUUUAAAUCACAAGAAGAAAGAGAAGAGCAUAUAGCUUCUUGCUUUAAUCGUGACGGGUCUUCCCCUCCAAACAUAAAGGAGUUUUUGAAACACGCUCGACGGUAUAUCAGUGUUCAAAUUACGGAGAACUCUCCUUGCGUUGGUGAAGAGUGUAUAGUAUGUUUUGAAGAAUUUUCUCCGGGAGACAAAGUUGCGCGAAUUGAAUAUUGCUUAUGUAUGUUCCAUUUAAAAUGUUAUCGCGAUUGGCUAAGUACAGGCGCCGCCGGAUGCCCUGUUCAUGCUGCUACCCUUCACUAG